CCGCGGUUCGUGGGCGGGCAGCGGACCAGACGGGGCGACGGCCCCUGGCAGGUGGCCCUGCUGGACUCAAAGAAGAAACUUGCCUGCGGGGCGGUGCUCAUCCACCCCUCCUGGGUGCUGACGGCGGCCCACUGCAUGGAGGACUCCAAGAAGUUCACUGUCAGGCUUGGAGAGUAUGACCUGCGGCGAUGGGAGAAGUGGGAGGUGGAUCUGGACAUCAAGGACACCUUCGUCCACCCCAACUACAGCAAGAGCACCACCGACAAUGACAUCGCGCUGCUCCGCCUGGCCCAGCCCGCCACCCUCUCGCAGACCGUCGUGCCCGUCUGCCUCCCGGACAGCGGCCUGGCGGAGCGCGAGCUCACCCAGGCCGGCCAGGAGACCGUGGUGACGGGCUGGGGCUACCACAGCAGCCGCGAGAGGGACACCCGGAGGAACCGCACCUCUGUCCUCAACUUCAUCAGCAUCCCCCUGGUCCCGCGCAACGAGUGCGCCGAGGUCAUGAGCAACAGCGUCUCCGAGAACAUGCUGUGUGCGGGCGUCCUUGGGGACCGGCGGGACGCCUGCGAGGGGGACAGCGGGGGGCCCAUGGUGGCUCUGUUCCGCGGCACCUGGUUCCUGGUGGGCCUGGUGAGCUGGGGCGAGGGCUGCGGCCUCCCUCACAACUACGGCGUGUACACCAAAGUCAGCCGCUACCUCGACUGGAUCCACGGCCUCACCCGUGACGGGGAAGGCCCUCUGGAGAGCCAGAUGCCCUAGCCCGCUCCUCUGAGGCCAGGCCGUGGCGUGGCACCCGCGGGGCAUUAAAGCGACGUGGAACAAGCA